CUCGUGCAGGGCAGUAGAGAGCGAGGCCCAUGAUGCAUCAUGCCCAUCGUGGAGAAGCUAAAAGAUGCCCUGAAGCCCGGUCGAAAGGAUUCGGAGGAGGGAGAACUGGGGAAGUUGUUGGCUUCCUCUGCCAAGAAGAUCCUUCUGCAGAAGAUUGAGUUUGAGCCGGCGACCAAGAGCUUCCACUACCAGCUGGAGACUCUCAAGAGCAAAUAUGUUCUCCUGAGCCCCACAUUCCAAGCUGGCACCCCCCAAAGAAGCCUUGAGGGGGCGCCGAUCCAGAGGCAGAAUUGUGACCUACCUCUCGGCGGCGCGGAUGGCAUCCCACCGCCUCAAAAGGUUCUCUUCCCGGCGGUGAAGCUGUCCAUGAAGUGGGAUAGAAUUUCCAGAGUAGGAGCCGGACUUCAAAAUCUGGGAAAUACCUGCUUCUUGAACUCCACUGUGCAGUGUCUCACCUACACUCCACCUCUGGCCAACUACCUGCUGUCUAAAGACCACACACGCAACUGUCAGCAGGGCGGAUUCUGUAUGCUGUGUAUAAUGCAGAAUCAUCUCAUCCAAGCGUUUGCAAACAGCGGCAACUCCAUCAAACCGGUUUCCUUCAUCCGAGAGUUAAAGAAAAUUGCUCGACAUUUCCGUUUUGGAAGCCAAGAGGAUGCACACGAGUUCUUGCGCUACACUAUAGAUGCUAUGCAGAGGGCCUGUCUGAAUGGAUAUGCCAAGUUGGACCGUCAGAGUCAGGCAACUACUCUGGUGCACCAGAUCUUUGGGGGCUACUUACGUUCUCGCGUGAAGUGCUCUGUUUGUAAGAGCGUUUCGGACACCUACGACCCCUAUCUGGACAUUGCAUUGGAGAUACGGCACGCGGUAAAUAUCGUCCGUGCUCUGGAAUUAUUUGUCAAGUCGGAUGUUCUAAGUGACGACAACGCAUAUAUGUGUGCAAAAUGUAAGAAGAAGGUUCCAGCCAGCAAGCGGUUCAGUAUCCACCGAGCCUCAAAUGUCCUGACCCUGUCUCUAAAACGCUUUGCCAACUUCAGCGGAGGCAAGAUCUCCAAGGACGUGGGUUACCCGGAAUUCCUGAAUAUCCGUCCGUAUAUGUCCCAGAGUACCGGCGAGCCUGUCAUGUACACGCUGUAUGCGGUCCUGGUGCAUUCUGGGUACAGCUGCCAUGCAGGACACUAUUACUGCUAUGUAAAAGCCAGUAACGGGCAGUGGUAUCAGAUGAACGAUUCCCUUGUUCAGGCCAGUAACAUCAAGGUUGUGUUGAACCAGCAGGCUUACGUUCUGUUUUACCUAAGGAUCCCAGAAUCCAGGAAAAGUUACGAUGCCUCCACGUGUAAAGGGCCUCAUGCCCAAGUUGUGCGUACCAGUUCCGUUCCUCCCUCCAUAAAGAAGACGCUGUCUAAUGGCAGCCUUUCCUCUCCCCUAAUUGGAAAGAGCCCCGAUGGUCUGCAUAUAAAGAAGUCGCCAACUUCAGAAGAAACAGGUGUCCCAGUUUGCCGCUCGUCUCUGCCAUCAGGGGUGAAAGAACAGAAUGGUGUUCCCCGUCCUAGGCCCAUGAGUGCUGAACCUUACCCCAAGCUGGGUUCCAAGCCACUUCAUAAUCCAUUCUUUUUGGAUGAGCCAGUGAGUAGAGUCAAGAAACCGCUUCAUCCUCAGCUGAAAGCUGCUCAGGGAGCCUGUGCCACAAGUGAGAAGAAUAGGCAAGAUACUUUAAAACAAAACUGGGAGACCAGUGCUCUCACUCCAUCUACCUCCCCAAAAACAUUAAGUAGGAACCCAAGACCUCAAGCGGAUGAUGGCAAGGAACCAAAGGAGGAUGUUGAGGACAAACAGAAACCAGAGACCCUUGCCAAUGGCCAAGACACAUCUCCAAGCCCCCCUGUCAUAAGGAAUGGAAACAGUUCUGGGGAAAUGGAAUCAGAGAGGUCGAGUGACACGAGUGCUUUAAAAUCCAAAUCACCUACUCUGGCAAGUGUUUGUGAGGCCUUGACCACCAUGUCACCCCCGCCUGCCAAGAAGCUAGCACUGUCUGCCAAAAAGGCCAUCAAGCUACAGAGGGGAAGCAGAAAUGACGCUUGCUCCUCCCGGUCUUCAUCCCAUGCUGCCAGUUCCACUCAUCUCACCUCCGAUUCCCCUGGCCACCCCAAAUCCAGACUGCACCAUAAGCAUCGGGAACGCUCCCUGUCUGCAGAGGCUUCUCCUGAAGCUUGUACUGACAUCUCCGUUAAAUACAAAACUCCAGAUUCCGGCGUAAAGCAAAGUCCUGGAGUAAAAGACCACACUGGCCCGGUUACUCAUACAUCCCAAAACCCUUCCAGUAAGGAAGCCUCUCCCAUCCGUCCCACUCAGGGCAAUGGGGGCCAUGACUCUGUGGCUGGCUCUUCGUCCACCCCCUCUAAACUACAGCAAAAAUCUGAACCCGGGAAACCUGCCUUGAACCAAAAUGGGACCAAGGAGGAGGACCUGCCCAGGAAAAAGAAAAAGAAGAGGAAAAACGAAGACCUAACACAGGAUGCCUCUUGUUUGGAUAAGGACGAAAAAGUGGACUGUGAGACCACGUCAGAGCAGUCCGGUAGUCAACCAAGCCUUACCUCACCAGAACCAACAGACCCCGACAGACCUGCCCAGAAGACAGAGCGUAAAAACAAGAGGAAAAGGGAGAGAACUAGCAAACAUGGAGAUGACCAUUCCCAUGCAUCACACCAAAGCCCUCAGGAAGAAAUGGAAGUAGAUCAGGUGAUCCGCAGAAAAAAGAAAAAAAAGAGGAAGCUAUUGAAAGAUGGGAGCCAGCCGAACGAGGAAGGUGAUGCUGCCGCGGAGCAUAGACCUGUAGCGUGGGAGGAACCUACAGUGUUUACUUGGGAUGGCAAAGUUUCCGCUCUGAGUGCUGGCGAUGCCAAAAACAGUAAUGCCACAAGACCUCAGACUGAUGGCGGCAAAGAACCACCAAACCCAGAGACCCUUGUCAAUGGCCAACACACAUCUCCAAGACCCCCCAACACCAAGAACAUCAAUAGUACUGGGGAAAAGGGAUCAGAGAGGUCGAGUGAAACCAGCACUCCAAAAUCCAAAUCACCUUCACUGGCAAGUGUCUGUGAUGCCUUGGCCACCACGUCACCCCCACCUGCCAAGAAGCUAACACUGUCUGCCAAAAAGGCCAUCAAGCUACAGAAGGGAAGCAUAACUGACGCUUCCGGUUCCACUCAUCUCACCUCCGAUUCCCCUGGCCACCCCAAAUCCACACUGAACAGCUCUCAGGAGGAAACCGAUGAGAUGGUCAGGAAGAAAAAGAAAAAAAAGCGGAAACUAUUGGGAGAGGAGAGCCAGCCGAACGAGGAACAUGAAGCUGCCACAGAGCAGAGACCUGUACUGCGGGAGGAAAACACAGCCUCCGUGUUUGUGUGGGACAGCCAGAUCCGGGACGGUUACAAGCGUAAUAGGGACGCAACCAACAUGGAGAAACCAAUCCGGCCAGCCUGGGAUGGCAAGAAGGAGUCGCGUGUAGUCCAGCUGCUGACUAGUUGCUCAAAUGACAAGGCUUAUGGGGCACAAGUGCUUACUUGGGACGGCCAAGUUUCUGCUGUGAGUCGAGAUGCUGCUUACAAUGCUGUAGAUUCCAAAUACAGCGAGGUCAUCGAUGAAUGGGAUGAAGAUUUUGACCGUGGAAAGGUGAAGAAGAUAAAGUUCAAGCGGGACCGGUGGAGAACCAGCAAUAGUUUUCAGUCUCUGCAGAACCGACGCAACUUCUGGUCGGUCACGCGCUCGCCUCACUUCUCCAGCAAGGGAUAUCGUUAAUGAACAGCCAGAAGAAACAUUGACAAAGCAACCAACACACAACAAAAAAGCAGCGACAGGAAUAUAUAUAUAU